CCUGUAGGUACAUGGCUAAGACCUGGACACCGUCUGCACCUUACCCAGGAUUCUACAGUUUUCUCUUGGUGAAUCCUUGAUGGAUUUGACUCUUGGUUGCUGGCAACUUUUGGGCAGGAGAAAUGGCUACAAUCAGACUGGGGUUUGGAAGGCAGAAUUUUUGUCUGUUAAAGAGGAGGAGUUUCUUGCUGUUGAAACUCACAGCUGUUGUCUUUGCCGUGCUUCUAUUUUGUGAAUUUUUAAUCUAUUACUUAGUGAUCUUUCAGUGUCAUUGGCCUGAGAUGAAAACUCCAGCCUAUGGUGGUGAAAAAGAGAAUCCUGAACCUGUGCUGAAAGCCAUAUUUUUGGCUGAUACCCACUUGCUUGGGGAAGUAAGAGGCCACUGGCUAGACAAAUUACGAAGGGAAUGGCAAAUGGAGAGAGCCUUCCAGACGGCUCUGUGGUUGUUGCAGCCAGAAGUCAUCUUCAUUCUGGGGGACAUCUUUGAUGAAGGGAAGUGGAGCUCCUCCCAGGCCUGGGCAGACGAUGUCGAGCGGUUUCAGAAAAUGUUCAGACACCCACGUCAUGUGCAGCUGAAGGUGGUUGCUGGCAACCAUGACAUUGGCUUCCACUACCAGAUGAACAUGUACAAAAUAAAACGAUUUGAGAAAGUUUUCAACCCUGAAAGGCUGUUUUCUUGGAAAGGAGUUAACUUCGUGCUGGUCAACAGCGUCGCACUGGAAGGGGACGGCUGCAACAUCUGCUCUGAAGCAGAGGCUGAGCUCAUCGCGAUUUCUCACCAACUGAACUGCUCCCGAGAGCAGGAGCAUCGCUCCACCAGGUGUGGAGAUGGGCCCCCACUGCCAGCAUCCGCCCCAGUCCUUCUGCAGCAUUUUCCACUUUACCGGAGGAGCGACGCUAACUGUUCUGGGGAGGACGCGGCACCUCCGGAUGAAAGGGGCAUCCCCUUUAAGGAGAGAUACGAUGUGCUUUCUCGGGAGGCUUCGCAAAAGCUGCUGUGGUGGCUCCGGCCGCGCCUGGUCCUGAGCGGCCACACGCACAGCGCCUGCGAGGUGCUCCACGGGGCCGGGACCCCCGAGCUCAGCGUGCCGUCUUUCAGUUGGAGGAACAGAAACAACCCCAGUUUCAUCAUGGGCAGCAUCACGCCCACAGACUAUGCCCUUGCCAAGUGCUACCUCCCCUUUGAGGACACGGUUCUGAUCAUAUACUGUGGAGCAGCUGGGUUCCUUGUGGUCCUCAUAUUAGUUCACUGUGGGCUUCUAGGCUCACCUUUUCUUCUUGGUUGGAACCUGCUCAGAAAACCUAAGACAACAUGAAGAGCAGGAGACUUUUUGCAUUUAGUAAUAAAUAUCAAAGCCAAAGAAACUGAACUUCGGGCAGUGCUUAUGUGAGAUGAGACCAAGGUAGGCUGUCUUUAUGCACAUCAUAGAAAUUCUAAAUCACUGAUGCAAAUUACUGCAGAAUGAAUAGUUGAUUGUGCUGUUCUCAUGCUGUAAAAAUGGAACAUGUACUCUACAACAAGUCUGUUUUCUCAUUUUAUCAAAUAUGUGUAUAACCAAGAUGAUAUCUGUACAAUAUGUAAAAGCUGUUGAUGGCAUCACUUGCAUGCACUAGACAGUCUUUCCUCCCCAAGAUGGGCUGCAGCCCUGGAAUACACUUUGGAGUAGGUAUACACAGACAUGGGUUUGCUUCUCUCCUCCUAUGAAGUAGUUCUCAAAUUCCUAUAUAUUAUAAAGCUGUACACUUAAAAGUACAGAUGCUACAAGCAGGAA